UUCAUGUACUUACUGUUGUUGGCAGUACAGCGCAUGGUAGUGUCGGUGUUUGAGCAGCGUAAACAGAGUGAAGGCAAACAAUUCACUUCGAUCCAAAGACCUCAGAACUUCGCGGCCUGCUGGCACACACACCCUGAUGGAGCAACUAAAUCUGACAGACGUCAUGGUAGGGAACAACAGUAAUUGCUCCACCAUAGAUGACUUCCGUAACCGGGUUUACACCACAACCUACUCCAUCAUCACAGUGGUCGGCCUGGUGGGGAACGGGUUGGCCCUGGUGGUCCUGAUAAAAACGAGAAGCCAGAACUCUCCGUUUCACAUCUACAUGAUGAACCUGGCCAUGUCGGACCUGCUCUUUGUUCUGACGCUGCCUAUGAGGGUUCUCUACUAUGUUAAAAAGGGUCAGUGGGACCUUGGGGACUUCCUGUGUCGCAUCAGCUCCUACACUCUCUACGUAAACCUCUACUGCAGUAUUUACAUAAUGGCCGCCAUGUCCGUCACCCGCUUCAUGGCCAUCGUCUUCCCCGUGCAGAACAUGCGUCUUGUGACGGUGAAACGCGCUCGCCUGGUGUGUGUCAGCAUUUGGUUGUUUAUCUCCGUGUCCAGCACCCCCUUUCUCAUGUCUGGAGAGAAAUUCGACCCGGUCACUAAUAAAACCAAAUGCUUUGAGCCUCCAAGUAGUACACAACAACUGCAGAAACUAAAAAAAAUGAACUAUUUUGCUCUGGUAGUCGGUUUCGUCGUGCCUUUCCUGGUGAUCCUGAUCUGCUACGUGGGCAUCGUCCGCGUCCUCGUGUCUCGCAACAAUGUUGCACGUCGUCAAAGUGAGACAGGCUCCAAGGCCAUCAGAAUGAUUGUCAUCGUCCUGCUUACUUUUCUGAUCUGCUUCAUGCCGUACCACAUACAACGCACCGUUCACCUGUACCUCAUAACCCCGUACGACACCUGUUCGUAUCAGAGAGGCAUGCAGAAGUCCGUGGUGGUGACGCUCAGCCUGGCGGCCGCUAACACCUGCUUCGACCCUCUGCUCUACUUUUUCUCCGGGGAGAGUUUCCGCAAGCGCGUGUCCUCGUUUAGGAUAUCGGGAAAAGGCAAGUUGCAGCAGAGAGAGGAGAGUCAGACCAUGUGACCUCACGGUUGACACAACACGUUCCAGUUCAAGAUCUAACGGAAGCUUUUUGAUUUCAAAUUAUCAGAUUACAGCCUGAGCCUCGUCGUCAAUAUUGAUUCAUAUUUGUUCUUCUUCUCGCUGCCUUACGUGUGUGUGUGUGCAUGCAUCUACUGAAGAUAAGAUUAAAGUUUUAAACUACUUUCACAGAAAAGUCAAUGGGAGUGCACAAACACAAGUUUUACAUUUGAAACUAAACAUGUAAACGAAUUACUAAGUCAGAUUUACACAUUUUUUACACACCGGGGCUGUUGACUGUUACACCAGUGACCUCUGGUGGCGGAGGUCCACUCUGUCACCUGAGAGACUUGGCUGCAGCCACAAUUAAAUCGCCCUUAAAUAAUCAGAUUUAACCACGCUGAUUGGCUACAUUUCUGAUGCAUGCACAUACCUCAUGUCGGUAACAGCUCAGCCAUUGGCUGCUGCACUGACUGGGCGCUGGUUCUAGAGCGCCAGAAGUUCGGAAGAGGUUAGAACAUAACUCCCUCUUCUAGAGACGGAGUCGGAGAAAAGCUGACCCAGCUAAAACUCUGAUACAUCAGAGUUCUGAUCUGUUCUGGUCUGUGCAGCAUCUGCGGUUCCUCGUUGGUAGAGUAGCGCUUUCUGCAAGAUUAUCAUCUUCUCAGUCCGACUCUGUCUGUUUGAAAUGACGAUGCUCACAUUGUUUUUGUUUCCUCUUUUUGUCGUGUCUCAGUCAGUCUUUUGUGUGUGUUGCAGACAUCUUUUAAACAUUCUUAUGCCUGUAAUAAUAUGAUAAUCAUAUUUAUAAUAAUCACUGUCCACUGAGGUUUUUUUUCUUCUUGCUGUAAGGUCUUUAUUGUAUAUACUUAAAAGGUCCCUAAAGUUAACAGUAUACCGGGCAUUCCCAUGUAUGAAAAUAGUAUUAAAUGUGAUGAUUUGUAAUUGUAUUUAUAUAUAUGUGUGUGUAUAUAUAUAUGUCUGUGUGUGUGUGUGUGUAUAUAUAUAUAAUAUACAAAUAAUUUUUUUUCCCCUUUGAGCUUAUCUGUAUAAACAGUGAAACGUAUUAGAAAAUUCAGAUGGAGUCCGGUCUGUGUGGACAAGGAUCUAACAGUUCAAACAGGAUUAGGAGACUCGACAAACUGGACGAGAAAAUCCACCUCCGUGGAAAUCUGCACGGCGAACAUCUGCAGCUCACUGCGUUAUUAACAGCAGAGUGUUGACGAGCUGCGGUCCAGGUCUGUAGCUGGUCUUCGUUACUGCUCACGUCAUCACGUUACCGUGAAGCAGUGUCACUGACGUACCAGACGUGUUCUGAUGUCGGACCAGGUCACACUGAUGUUGUAGACCUCGGCUGCGACCCACAAUUAUUUUCAUCACUGAUCAAUAAAGCAAAUAUGUAAGUAACGUCAAUGACGUGUUUAACUUUAUCUCUGUUGGUAGGUGUUUUUGGACCCAGCAGCGGUCUGCGUGCCAUACUUUGAGAACCAACGAACGGCAGUACAAUAUUCUUGAACGUCACAUCAAUAAUCUUGAAAACAUACAGAUGAACUCACUUCUCCUCCCUAUGUUUCAAAAUCAUACACUUGGCUCCGGGUCAAACCAUAACAUUUUCUUAAACUAUAAAGUUGUUGUUGUUGGCAUUGACCACAGGAGACAUAAACAUGUCAACACGUGAUUACUGUUCCACUCCUCUUCAAACAAAUGCUGGUUCUCGGCCCUGAUGAACAGAACAGAACAUCCACAUUCUCUGUCUCUUCUCGGCCGACUACAGUCCAGAACACUGACCAGAACCCAGUCUGAACCAGAACCGAUCUGGAUCAAAGAUCAGUGUUGAAGUCGAUCUCAGGGCCGGACACUUUAUUCACUGCACUUUAUUAUUAGUUUUGUUGUUGUCUUAUUCUGUAGGUCUGCUGCUGUUGGUCUUGUGAUGCGACUGCAGAACCGUCCCGGUGUCACCUGACUCUGGCAGGUCGGGCUGGGAUUGGACAGGGAGUAGAAUGAACCCGAUUGGACGGCGUGUCCCAGGUUAGUCCCGUUUAUUGACACGAUUCCUACAACAUGUUCUCGAUCCUGGCUGUUUUCAUCGAGAACCUCUUCCUGUUAGGGUUAAGCGAGGUAACCGUGGCGACUGUUUUCAAUAUCCGAGGGUGAGGGCUGACACAGAGGGGUGUGUGACCUUCAGCGAAAUAUAUUUUACAGACAAACACAUUCAGACUUUGUGAAUAGGAUGAAGAGAAUGAAAACAAAUGUGGCUGACGUUCCACUUAUAGGGCUGUGGUCAGAUUAAAGACAGCUGUGUGGGAGCGAUACGGGUGGCGGGAGAACUUUUUUAUUAUUAUUAUUUUGAGAUUUAAAAUUGAGUUUGAACCUUUUCUAGAUCCAUCUGAUUUUUUAAAAUUAUUUUUGUGAAAAAAACUAAAAGGAAUUUUAAAAGAAGUGGAUUGCAUUUGUAUUUAUUAUAUUUGUGCUUCAGUCUAACUGCUUCGUCUCUGAUAAAUAUAAAUUAAAUUAAAAUAUUUUUUAAAUUAUAUUUUAAAAAAACAACAUUCAACUGAAAGACAAACUCCUCACUUCAUUUGAACGUCUUCCACUCUCCAUAGCUCCUCGUCUGUUUUCACAUGUGCGCACUUAUCUCCAGUCGCCGCUGUGAUUUAAAUCCUCAUGACUCCCCUGCAAACACAGAGACGUGCUGAUAGUUAUUGAGAAACGGAGGCCACGUCUGCAGGGCACAGGGAGCUGCGUGGUUGGACAAAGGCCUUCUACUGUCAGGUCUCCCCCUCUGGACACCCACCUGGGACGGAACCCGCAUGUCUCCGUACCGUGGUGACUUCAGUGUGUGAGUAGAUCAGAGGCUGAGCUCUGUUUAUCUGCCUCUCACAACUGUUAUUGUCCAGGGGCAGGAAUCGAGCUUUUGUCGCUUAUCAUGUGUUACAGUUUAUCACAGUUACACAGUUAAUUACACAGUUUAAAAAAAA